AUAACCUAGAAUUUCUGACAUUUGAAAUUUUUGUAAAUAUUUGUUUUAUUUUUUUUAUAUUAUGUGAAAGUUUGGAAAGUCUCUAAGAUUUCAAAUGGAUUCAUUUGCGGUCAUACCGUUGCAAUUUGUUCGUGUUCGUCCUCCUUAACUAGUUCAAAUUAUUGCUUUAAUUUUUUAAUAAUUUUAUUUAAAUUUAAAGAUGAAUUAAAUAUUUUUUACUAUUGUGAUCCUUUUGCCAAAGCAACCUAAAUGUUUUAAUGAUAUUUUACAUUUCAACAUAUCUUAUUAAAAAUACUUAUCCCUUACAUGCACAAUGAAUUUUAUCCAAGCCCUCUUUAGCCUGAUGGCAGCCAGUGUUAUAAUGUUUUCGACUGUAAUCAAUCUCUUUGAAUCAAAAUUGCCAAAUUUUUUUUCACAAAUAUUUCGCUAUGGAAAAUUUGCUGCAGAAAGAAAAUCUUGCCUUGCCAUUGAAGUACCAAAAUCCUGGUUCAAGCAUUUUUAUUAUGCCGCUAUCUUUGAAUAUAUGUACGCUUUUGGAUUGGUUAUUGCAGUGUAUUUUUUUGGACUGCCAGUACCUGAAAUCAUAAAACAAAUUUUGGAUUUGGUUUGUGGAGUUAAUAGAGUAUCUUUUAUUCCAAAACAUAAGGUAUUUAUCUCUAUGUAUUUGAUGACUAUGCAAGUAUACCGUCGAUAUUAUGACACUCAAUAUAUAUCAGUCUAUGGUGAAAAAAGCAAAAUGAAUCUUUCACAUUAUUUAAUAGGAAUGAUUUAUUAUCCUGGAGCAGCAAUGGCUAUUCUUUGUGAGGCCCCUUUAUUUGCUAAUGCACCAGAUUCUAUAAACAAUGCUGAUAUUGACUUACUUUCAACUUCUUUUUCUGAUAUACUAGCAGUUCUAAUAUUCCUUAUAGCAUGGAAGCACCAGCAAAUUUGUACACAAAUAUUGGCAGACCUCAGGAAAAAUGAAAAGGGUGAUAUAGUGACACAUGAGUAUAAACUUCCACAAGGAGAUUGGUUUGAAUACUUGUCCUGCCCCCAUCAAACAGCAGAAAUUAUAAUGUACAGCUGUCUGAUGUGGAUUUUAUGGUACAAUAUUACUUGGUCCUUUAUUUUCAUAUGGGUUGUUGCAAACCAGGUGGAAACAAUUAUGUUGUCGCAUUGGUGGUAUCAAGAAAAAUUUGAAGAUUUUCCCAAAAAAAGAAAAGCUUUAAUACCUUUCAUAUAUUAAGCUUUAAUUGUUAUGAAUGUAAUUUCAAUUUUAAAACACAAAUAUUUUCAUAUCGUCUGAUUAGCACUUCAAUAUCUUUGUCAGCUGCCUUAUUGUUGCCAUGUUCCUUCUUAAAUUAUUGAUAACUUUUUUAAGAUCUAUUAUAUAAUAUUUACACAACAGUUAAAUUUUACUAUUCUUGUUAAAGACUAUUCAAUAAAAGAUCUUGUGUCCUAUGAAA